AGGGUUAAAUAAUUAGUAUAUUUCUCGGGCAAUGAGGUUUUGAUCUUUUCUAGGGAAGAGAGUUGAGAAAAAAAAGGUUUGGUGGAAAAAAAAGGUUUGUUUGUUUUUAUAACGAAAAGCUGAUAGACUGACUGACUUGGUAGCUGAAAAACAGAGUCUGAGGAUUUAUGCCGCCGGUUGAUUUAGAUAAUUCAUCCGGGGAUGCAAGAAGCGUCUCACGGAACCUCCCCGGAAUGCCUGAUCCAGAAGCGGAGGUGAUAGCCUUGUCACCCAAAACUCUGAUGGCAAAGAACCGAUUCGUGUGCGAAAUCUGCAACAAAGGCUUUCAACGAGACCAGAACCUCCGGCUCCACCGUCGUGGUCCGAAACAGACAACGCUUGACUUUUUAGGUUUGGGAAGAGCUGUUGGUAAUGGAAGUAGUAACCCCGGUGGAGGGUUGUCGGCUCUGUUUGGGACGGCGGGGGAGUUUUCAGGCAAAGACAUUGGUAGAACAAGUUCCUAAGAGAGAGUAGAAGAAGAGUGUAGUUUAUAAGAGUAUAUGUUUUGGUAUUUUUGUUUAAUAGUGAAAGCAGCAGGCAGCUCUAGUGUUGUUGUUCCCCCAGUGUGAAUUUUAAUCAUAAAGUACAUAAAGCUUAUAGCUUAGCAGAAACAACAACAACAGUUAAUUUUCGAUUUUUUUGGGGAUCAUCAUGAGGUGAGGAUUGAAAUUUGUGUUAUUAAUGUAUGAUGUUUGUAACGACGGUGGGAUCGAAUUUUUGCACUGAUGAGGGAAAAAUAAGGAGAUGAGGUAUGACUUUUACUUUUGUAUCUUUGCUUGUUAGGUGUGGGGAUAUUUUUACCAAAAAGACAAUUUUUCGAAAACUCCUAAUUUUGGACAGAUAAUCCAAUGAAAUGUACCAAUCGACUUGACCAGUGAUUUUGAUUGGGAGAAUCGACCAAACAAUGUUGAUCGUUCGUAGGUCCAUGUCCAUCCAUAGUAGGAGUUAUCCAUUCCAUGGUAUCUCUUAUUAUUAUUUUUUUUUUUUUGUUUUCAAGACUUAGAGAAGACAUGACAUAUAUACACAGACAAAUCUACCUAGAAGAUAUUUAUCUGGUAAAAUCAAUCUGCAUAUUAACAUACUAGUAGAGGUUAUUGCUAGUACUCAGUAGAAAUAAGAAAGAUCCCUUAAUCAUUUGAGUAGUUGCAGUGCAAAAUCAAAAUUUAAAAAAACAAGUGAAUUUGGAAAGACUAGUGUGGCUGGCUGGCUAGUAGGUGGGUUACAUAAAUAUUGGAAGGCCAUUAAUAGGAAGACCUCUCAAAGCUAUAUCACACAUAAGAUAAUAUGAACUCGAAAGACCCAAGGAAUGAGGAGAGCUAGCGGCUGGAGAUGAAGGAGGAGGAGUAGGAGUUUGGUGCGGUGCAGUGGAGUGGAGUGGGGCUUUCACUUGUUCAAUCGUAAACUAAUAAAACCUAAAUCUCUCUCUCAAGACUGAAAAGCCAGUUAAGAUGUAGCUCUUUGAAUUUAAAGUGUGUCUGUAUUUUUCAUAAGCAGUGGAAGAUGUUUAUCUUUUA